CUCUAACCGGAAACAGCUAGCUUAUAACUUCUUACGAACCUGGUGGUGCGGCAGCUAGUAGAAUAAGCUGCGUUUAGUUGUAUUCAUAUGCAAUAAACAGGGUUUUUACCCAUUUUAUUUCCCUCUGGAGGCUGUCUUUUGUUGGGAAUUCGCUCCAGGAUGAUUCCUACCGAGGACGCGUCCGCCAGGAAGCGAGAGAUCGAGGAGAAACUGAAGCAGGAGCAGGAAACUCUGGCAUUCAUCAGAGAGAACAUGGAGAAGAGCGAUCAGCUGACCAAAGGCAUGGUUUCCAUUCUGUCAUCGUUCGAGAGCCGCCUGAUGCAGCUGGAGAACUCCAUCAUCCCGGUCCACAAGCAGACGGAGAACCUGCAGCGUCUGCAGGAGAACGUGGACAAAACCCUGUCCUGCAUGGACCACGUCAUCAGCUACUACCACGUGGCCAAAGACACGGACCGGAUCAUCCGGGAGGGACCUGCAGGCAGACUGGACGAGUAUCUCGCUUGUAUCGCAAAGAUUCAGAAAGCCGUGGAAUAUUUUCAGGACAACAACCCCGACAGUCCUGAGCUCAACACCGUGAAAGCGCGUUUUGAGAAAGGCAAAGAGCUGCUGGAGGCCGAGUUUCGUAGCCUCCUGACCCGCUACAGUAAACCCGUCCCUCCCAUCCUCAUCCUGGACACCAUCAGUGUGGACGAGGACAUGGAGCUGCAGGAGGAGGUGGUUCUGGAACAUCUGCCCGAAGCCGUGCUGCAGGACAUCAUCUGCAUCUCUGGCUGGCUGGUGGAAUACGGACGCAACCAAGACUUCAUGAACGUGUACUACCAGAUCCGGUCCAGCCAGCUGGACCGCUCCAUCAAAGGCCUGAAGGAUCACUUCCGUAAGAACAGCGCCUCCUCCGGCAUCCUCUACUCGCCCGCCGUCCAAACCAAACGCAAGGACACGCCCACCAAGAAGGCGCCCAAGAGACCAGCAGGAUAUGAUCACGACCCGCGGGUCAAACACUCCUCAGACGUCCUGAACGAGAAGCACGGGGCCGCCGCAGGGAAAGACGAUGUCUUGGACAUCGAGAUCGACUCGUACAUCCACUGUAUCAGUGCUUUUGUGAAGCUGGCUCAGAGCGAGUACGCCCUGCUGACAGAGAUCAUCCCCGAGCAUCAUCAGAAGAAGACCUUCGACUCCCUGAUUCAGGAGGCGCUGAACAACCUGAUGCUGGAAGGAGACAACAUCGUGUUCGCGGCUCGCCGAGCCAUCGAGCGCCGCGACUACUCCGCCAUCCUCACCAUCUUCCCCAUCCUGCGCCACCUGAAGAUGAACAAGUCCGAGUUCGACUCCACGCUGCAGGGAACGGCGGCGAGCACCAAGAACAAGCUGCCGACGCUCAUCACCUCCAUGGAGACGAUCGGAGCCAAAGCUCUGGAGGAGUUCGCCGACAGCAUCAAGAACGACCCAGAUAAAGAGUACAACAUGCCUAAAGAUGGAACCGUCCACGAGCUCACCAGCAACGCCAUCCUGUUUCUGCAGCAGCUGCUGGACUUCCACGAGACGGCCGGGGCCAUGCUGGCCUCACAAGUUCUGGGGGACACUUACAAUAUCCCCUUAGACCCCCGAGAGACGAGCUUGGCGAGCAGCUACACGUCGGACUUCAACAAACGCCUCCUCAGCACCUACAUCUGUAAAGUUCUAGGAAACCUGCAGCUGAACCUGCUCAGUAAGUCCAAAGUUUACGAGGACUCUGCUCUGAGCGCCAUCUUCCUGCACAACAACUACAACUACAUCCUGAAGUCUCUGGAGAAGUCCGAGCUGAUCCAGCUGGUCACGGUGACGCAGAAGCGAGCGGAGAGUUUCUACAGAGAGCUGAUCGAGCAGCAGAUCGACAUGUAUCAGAGAAGCUGGCUGAAGGUCACCGAACAUCUGACGGACAGGAACAUGCCCGUCCUGCAGCCCGGCGCCAAGCUGAAAGAUAAAGAGCGACAGGUGAUCAAAGAUAAAUUCAAGGGGUUUAACGACGGUUUGGAGGAGCUGUGUAAGACCCAGAAGGGCUGGGCCAUCCCCAACAAAGAACAGCGGGACUUCAUCCGCCAGGCGCAGAAGAAAGUGGUUUCUGAUGCUUACAGGAACUUCCUGCAGAGGUGUGCGAACAUUUCCUUCACCAAGAACCCCGAGAAGUAUCUCAAAUAUCAACCGGAGGAAGUGGAGGAGAUGAUUGAGAAGCUGUUUGAUACGUCCGCCUGAUGAAACCUUCGUCCUCCUCUUCCUCAUUUAUGUAAAUGUGUCGGACAAAUAAACACUAAAUUUCCCUCCGGGUUCAUGAUUUUCAUUAAUGACUGAGAGAAGUGGACAGAUGUCUUCUGAGGGACGAGGCUGCCAACAGGAAGUGAGUUUUUACUCAAAUGUUCCUGUUUGAAGAUAAAAACACAAAAGCACCUGAACCAUCAGGACUUUUCUGGAGGAAAGGGAACCGAGUACUGUUUUUACUAAUUUAUUGACCUGAUUCUCAGUGGAACUGCUCAUUUUUUGUUUUAAUUCAAGAAAAAAAAAAGGCAUUUCAAAGUAAUAAAUUGUACAACGUUGAAACUAAA